AUGCUGCCUUACCUGUUCCCUGAGCUGUCCACCUUUGCUACAGUCGCCGAUCUCAUCACCCACCUUCGCACUAGUGACGCUCGCCUGCGUGCCGCCCUUCCCACCGAGUUCUGCGCUAAGAACCCCCCUCCACUGUACUGGACGCUCCAUUUCAUAGUCACCCGUCUCCCUGACACCCUCAGCUCAGUCCGAGACUACUUCCUUGCCCGCUGUCCCACUGAGCUCACAGUCGCCCUCCUAGAGGAGAAGCUGCUAGCAGCCGAGAAGAGCAUUGUAGCUGUAGGUGCUGCUCGUGGCGCUCCUCGCACCCCCAUCUUUGAGGGGUGUUCUCCCUCUCCCCUCGCUCCCUCCUACGCUACUGCUGCUGCUGUUGACCUCCUUGGUGCUGAGUCUGCUGGCGCUGCUUCUGCUCCUGGUGGGAGGCGCCGCACCGGCAAGGGCAAGGGGGGCAAGGGUGGCGGGGGUGGCGCUGGGGGGGGAGGGGGUGGGGGAGGUGGGGGGGGAGGCGGUGCUGGAGGGAGCGGUGGCGGGAGUGCUGGUGGGAGUGGAGGCAGCGGUGGGGGCGGGGGCGGCGGCGGGAGUGGUGGCAGCGGUGGCGGCGGUGGCAGCGGCGGUGGCAGUGGUGGCGGUGGCGGCGGCGGCGGUGGCGGUCGGAGCGGCGGUAGUGGCGGCGGUGGUGGUCGGAGUGUUGGCCCCAGCUCGGGCCAGACCUCUCAGCAGCAGCAGCGUCCUCAGACGACCCAGGUAUAG